GUAACACCAUUCUGUUUACGUCUUAUUUUGUGUCACGUGACCAUGCAAAAUUCUGCUGCAACAAAUAUGGCAUGUCCUUGAUGAAGAUUUCUACCCAGGCGGAUAACGAUGUCGUCGAAUCCUUUCUUCGAACAUUACCUGGUGUUUCCGAGAUGUGGAUUGGUGCAUUUCAAGAUCCCAUGUCCACGAGUCCAGACGCCUUUAUCUGGCCCGAUGGAGAAACCCCCAGCUGGCUAAACUGGGACAGUGAUACGUUGGAUAUCAUUGGUUCCAAUUCUACAACCAAUGAAACUCUGUGUAUCAAAGCCAAGUUGGAGGAGCAUCCUGGAAUGUUUUGGGUCAUUUCGCCUUGUGAAGCCCUUCUGAUGUAUGGCUGUCAGGUUGGACUUAAUGUGUCCGUUAUACCCAAUACCCUGACCGACGCUACUUGUCCGAAAUUGGUCAAACUGACCGGAAGAGACAUCAAUAGGACUAAUACAGUCCAUAACUACGGUUACUUCGACGUUGAUGACCAAAUACACACCAUGGGUACCCAGGUCGGCUCCAAGUUGCUCCAGAGCGUCACCCAUGCCUCCACAAACUGCGCCCUCCACUGUCUGGAUUCGGUCCUGUGCGCCGAGGCAAUUGUGAUUGCAGACCAACUCUGUAUCAUGUACUCCGCAGUUUGACAGCUUGUCCUUUCACGCUUACUACGGCGACUGUUAGGAAUGUAGAAUCGUGUGCUGUUUUUGCUUUUCACGCCACAUCAAUUUGAACUCGUAAUUUGCUGUAGUAGUACCACGAUAUAUUCUUCAAUUAUAUCAGACUAAUGUUCAUGGUCAGGGUUUGAAAUAUUUAAAUAAAGUUGUGUUUAUUGUGUAUGUACCACGCUGGUCUAUUAAAACGAACUGGCAGGGGAAAACGUUAUGACUGUUACAAUGAUAUGUAUUGAGAAAAGCAACAUCGAGAGACAUGUGCGAAAUAAAGCGUUUAUCACCUAGAUAAACUGUCCAUACGAAUGGUCAGUAUGGUCACAGGGAACGUUCAUAUGUAAAUAACUCCAAAUUUGAUUUUGCCCUUUGUUACAGGUUUUGUGAUUGGUUAGAAGUAGUACAUGUGACCCAAAAAACAGCGUUUGAUAUUAGUAUGAACGGCUGUUUUUUAUUUCAUGGGACUACUUUGAAAUCCAAAUCCGCUUUUUUCAGUAAGCAAUUUGAUUGUCGUUCGAGUUGUCUCCCAUUGCCUAAAAUA